ACCAGUAAACUCUGUCGAGCUCGAGGCGAGUGGAAACAAUUCACGGAGAAGGGGCGGAGACAACUCGAGAGGACAUUCUUAAAUACCGGGUCUAAAAGUUGAAAAAAAGCUAAUUGCCCGGCUCAUAUCAGGGACCAUCAUUCAUCUGAUAAAGGCCUACACAUUUUCCGAACCAACGAACAGCACAAGUUCGAAUUAAGCCCAACCUCACGUCACAGCGCUCCGCUCGGCGGCCUCCGCCCCGAGCUCUGGGCCUCCGCUCACCAAAGACAGUCAAGAGUAAAGAACUCAUUGGGGGAGUGACUCGACUACCACUACGUUCUGAGCCUUAGAAACGAUUAUUGAAGGAUGGCGUCAACAGGAGUACCUGAUAUGCAGAAGAAUUUCCUGGAGAUGAUGAGAGGCAAAACUCCAAAGGAUGUUAGACUGCAGUUCCGCAAAGGGAAAUAUUUCAUGGCAGCCACUUCUGGCAUCUGUUCAGGAUACAAACAAGCGAAUCUUAUGGCUGUUCACAAAGAUGUAGCAGCGGAUCUGAGGGAGUAUUGUCGUUUGAACUAUGGACCCAUGGCCUGUAUCUUUAGCUCGGAACCAGGCCAGUUUGAUGCUCCUCAACUCUCUCAGGAUUCGGAUGUAAGGACUGAUUUGGGAGCCUUAAAUGUAUUUGUCGAUGGAGAGUUUGCCGAAACAGUUCCAGACCUUCUGAAAUUUGGGGAGCAAUUAAACGAUUUCUGCUUCUUCUACUUUGGGUGCAGCUUUUCGUUUGACGAGGCCCUCCUCGCUGGGGGUGUGCCUCUCAGAAAUCUGGAGCAGAAAAACACAAAUGUCUCUAUGUACAAGAGCAAUGUUCAGUGUCAUGGGUGUGGCUGUUUCUAUGGUAACCAGGUGGUAUCCAUGAAGCCCAUACCUAAGGAAUUGGUUGAGAAGAGUUAUCAAAUUACUCAUCCGCUGGGAGACGUCCAUGGAGCCCCGAUGCACAUAGGAGAUCCAGCUGUCAUCGGCAUUGAUGUUGAAAAGAUUGACUAUGGGAUAGCCACUCGAUUUCAUGAGGGAGAUGUUGCAGUAUUCUGGCCUUGCGGUGUCACUGGGUUAGAAACUGUCAAAGCUGCCAAACUACCAUUGGCUUUCACACACAGACCUGGUAGCAUGCUUCUGACGGAUUCCCCCUGCACGAAACCCAACCCCAACCCACCCCCAGAGGACCUCCCUAGGGUAGUCUGGCUUGCCGAUACCCCACCCCUAGGGAGCGCCCUAUCUCAGGCCACUAUGGAUAUGAUAAAGAAACUUGAAAUUGCAGCAAUAGAGGAUAUAGGAAAGCGGCAAAUUGGCCAUCUCCUUGUAGAAGACGAUCUCCUGAAGGCUGCCUUGUCACUCUCCCAUGCAAAAUCAGUUGCCAUUACCACCGGUUUCCCGGUGAAGCUUGAGGGAGACAACCUCUUUGAGACCGAUGGACCUCCAGGAGCUAUUGUCAUGGCAACCAUGCUACAGGUCCUUGGCAAAGAGGUGGUGCUAGUGAUAGAUGAUGUUGGAGGACUUCUUGGAUGGAUGAUCAAAUUGGUAGACAUUUUAGUAGAAAGAGGUGUCCUGUCCAAGACCAUUCCUGUAGAAUGCUACCCUCCUACUGGUCAGUCAGCCUCCAAAGAGAAUGCUGUUUCCUUCCUGACUUCCCAAGGUGGCCAGACUCCAAGGUUCGAUCACCUGGUGGCGAUAGAGCGAGCCGGAGUGGGGCAAGAUGGACUUUACCAUUCAGCCUCUGGGAGAGUCAAUAAUGCGAAGGUUGGAGGGAUCGAUGCUCUGUUUAAUGCAGCGAGAGAUAUGGGACAUGUAUUUACCACCGGGAUUGGAGAUGGUGGUAACGAGAUAGGAAUGGGCAAGGUCAAAGAAAAAGUGGUGAGCCAUAUUCCAAAGGGCGACAUCAUUGCUACAGUCACCUCAACGGAUUACCUCAUCUGUGCUGGAGUCAGUAACUGGGGCGGUUAUGCCGUAGCUACGGCUCUCGCUCUCCUGAGGUUGUGCCCGAUACAUGACCGCUAUCGUCGACGGGCCAUCGGACUGCCCCCUACUGAAGAAGAAAUUCAGAGCAUCAAGACCGCUCUACCAACAGUGGAAAAGGAGGAGAAAGCUCUUGAGGCUAUGGUGGAGCUAGGGUUCAUGGAUGCGUCAGGAGAGGUCAAAAUGGCCGUCGAUUGGUUGCCUAUUCAUGAUGUCCAUGCUAACAAGAUCAAGGAAAUAUCCAGUGUCUGCUCUUAGAGAUGAAGAAGAUUUAGCUGAAUAAAUUGAACUCAUGAAAAAAGAUAACCCAUGAGUAAUUUAACCUUUGUGAGAAUUUAAACUAUUAUUCUGUGGUGUUUGGAGGGUGUUAUGUAUAUGCCAUGAUAUACAUGUAAGUCAUACCCUUCUCGUUCUUUGGUUAUAAUAAUAUUCAACAUUUGUGUAGUACUUAGCACAAUGUUUCAAAGUGCUUCAUGCUACGUCUGCCAGCUUUAGCACAGCUGCCCUGAUCAGGCGCUCAAGCAAUCAAGGAAUCCCUUCCUACUGGGUAUCCAUUUCCUACACCUGGGUGGAGAGUGGCAGAUGUAGAUAAAUGCCUUGUCAAAGGACGUGGGUACUGCAGUGGGAUUUGAACCUUGGACCUGUGGUUCAAAGUCUGGAGACUUUCUCUCACAUGAUUAAAUAAAGAUAAUAGCACUAUUGUCUUGAUAAUGUAAGAGAGUGAUUCCAAAACAGCAGACGAACAAAAUCCUAGGGAUAACAUGAUUUUCAUUGUUGUAGUAAGUGAGAGAAUGUCAUCACAUACAGUUUAUAGUCAUUAUAUAUCAGAUGUAUUUUUAUCCAGAUUGCCUAAAAAUUGCUAAAGUAAAUCCUGUUUUUAAGAAAGACGACCCUCAUGAAAUAAGUAAGUAUAGACCUAUGUCAAUUCUUUCUAGUAUAUCUAAAAUCAUUGAAAAUAUUAUUUACAAGAGGCUAUACAAGGUUUUGGAUACACAUGAUUUAUUAAAUUCAAAUCAGUAUGGUUUCAGAAAAAGUCAUUCAACUGACCUUGCUCUAAUUUGAUUACAUGGUAAAAUAACAGAUUUUAUAGCCAAUAAAGAACAUGUAAUAGGGAUAGUUAUGGAUCUAUCAAAGGCCUUUGAUACACUUGACCACUAAAUUUUACUUCAAAAACUUUACUCUUAUGGAGUUUGUAGUGUUGCUCUUUCCUGGUUUCAAAGCUAUUUAACCAAUAGAAAACAGAAUGUUGUAUAUAAUGAUGUUUCUUCAAGUUUUCUACCAAUCCGAUGCAGUGUCCCACAAGGAUCGAUAUUAGGUCCAUUACUUUUUUUAUAAUAUAUCAAUUACUUAAUUAAUACAACUUCUGUUCUAUCGUUUAUUUUAUUUGCAGAUGACACUAACAUAUUUUACUCACAUCAUAACCUUAACACCCUAGUUGAUACACUAAAUAAUGAGUUACUGAAAUUAUCUUUAUGGUUUAAAUUUGAUAAAUUGUCUCUCACCAUCAGCAAAACUAAUGAUUCUGGAAGAAAUUGUGUAAUUGCUGAGAAAUAAGCAAAGUAAGCGCGGAUUCGGUCACUUCCGUCAGGUCUUUAUUCCAGCAAUAAUAAUACUCUGUCCCACGUGUGCAUAUCCGUGUUGGUGCUCUUCAGUGUGAACAUUCUUCAGCAUAGAUUUCAAGAUUUCACAAAGUUCAAUUUAUGUAACUGUACC